GUUUCAGAGUUAAGAGACGGAACGGCAACUGAAGUUUAUCUCUGUUUCCUCGUCAACAAAGAGGGACACUUUCCUUCUGGUUCUGGACUUUUAUUCGACGCCAUCGCACGGGAAGAACAGUUCAAAUCCAAGGCGUUGUCGUCCACGGUGUUUGCAUUGUGAAAGGUUCGUAACUCUUUCCUCCCACAUCGUCUCUCCAUCAGGACAUGGAGCACGGAGGAGGUCCGUCUGACUCUCAGUGAUUCCCUCAGAACUUCAGGACUCCAUCGAACCCCGGGGAUUGGAUUAACUAAAUGUGAAGCAGCGUCCGGUGGAAAGCGAGCAUGGAUAUCUUCCCCCGGCCCAGCGGAGAGAUCCAGAGGAGGAACCCCCAGCACGACUUCGAGCUCAUCCAGAAGGUGGGCAGCGGCACGUAUGGAGACGUAUACAAGGCGCGAAACCUUCAAACUGGGGAGCUGGCUGCAGUGAAGAUCAUAAAGCUGGAACCAGGGGACGACUUUUCCAUCAUUCAGCAGGAAAUCUUCAUGGUGAAGGAAUGCAUGCACCACAAUAUUGUGGCCUACUUCGGCAGCUACCUCUGUCGAGAGAAGCUGUGGAUCUGCAUGGAGUACUGCGGCGGAGGAUCUCUGCAGGACAUCUAUCACGUGACGGGACCUCUGUCGGAGAUGCAGAUAGCGUACGUCUCCAGAGAGAUCAUACAGGGUUUGGGAUAUCUGCACACCAAGGGCAAGAUGCACCGUGACAUCAAGGGUGCCAACAUACUUCUCACAGACAACGGGGAUGUGAAGUUAGCCGACUUUGGAGUCGCCGCCAAAAUAACCGCCACCAUCGCCAAGAGGAAGUCCUUCAUCGGAACGCCUUACUGGAUGGCUCCUGAAGUGGCCGCGGUGGAGAAGAACGGCGGCUACAACCAGCUGUGUGACAUCUGGGCUGUCGGCAUCACGGCCAUCGAGCUGGCCGAGCUGCAGCCGCCCAUGUUCGACCUGCACCCCAUGAGGGUUUUGUUUCUGAUGUCCAAGAGCAGCUUCCAGCCUCCGAAGCUAAAAGACAAAAACAAGUGGUCCACUGCCUUCCAUAACUUUGUCAAAGUGUCUCUGACGAAGAACCCGAAGAAGAGACCCACUGCAGAGAAGCUGCUAUCGCAUGUGUACGUGGCUCAGACGGGUUUGACCCGGCGGCUCGCUGUGGAUCUCCUCGACAAGAUGAACAACCCCGACAACCACCAGCACUACAGCGAGGUGGACGACGACUACCUGGAGCCCAUCUCUGCAGUCAGACACACGAUCCGCUCCACCAACAAACAGGCCCGAGCUGAGAGGACGCGCUCAGAGAUCGACUUCGAUAAGCUCCAGUUCGAGCCCCCGCUCCGGAAAGAGACCGAGGCUCAUUCUGAAAUGGACGUGAGCAAGGAGAACGACUUCUCGUCCCCCUGGAGUCCGUUUGCAGACGGAGGAAUAACGAGCAGGAGUCUUCUCAAAAGCGUUGAGGACGAGUUGUUCCAACGGGGACACAUCGCUCACCUGCAGGACCCCUGUGAAGAAGUGGAGCUGUCCACUCUGAAGCCCGGGGUUCCUCCUCCUCUGCCCCCCAAGCCGAGGUUAAACAGCUCGUCUGAGGAGCUGGGUCUGAAUGACGAGUGCUUCCUGACGGUGCAGAGGUUCCUCAAGUCUGAGAACGGACCAACCCAGGUGUCCCGCAUCCAGAGCACACCUGAGCACCUGGGCAACAAGCUGGAGCACUCGCCUCCAGACUUCCUGUCCGUCAGCGUCAGCAGCCCCGGCCUCCUGUCGCACGCCUCCGACCCCGCUCUCAGUAAGCGUGUGUGUAAAGAUAAUGACUCGGAUGACAGCCUGAACGGAGAAGGAAGCAAGCAGCCGCCCAACAGGCAGCAGCGCAAGGAGAAGAAGGAGUUCCCUAAACCAGCCAUCAACGGUCUUCCUCCCACGCCUAAGGUCCUGAUGGGAGCGUGUUUCUCCAAAGUGUUCGACGGUUGUCCUCUGAAGAUUAACUGUGCCACGUCAUGGAUUCAUCCGGACACUAAAGAUCAAUACCUCAUCUUUGGGACGGAGGACGGCAUCUACACGCUGAAUCUGAACGAGCUGCACGAAGCCACAAUGGAGCAGCUGUUCCCGAGGAAAUGCACAUGGCUGUACGUCAUCAACAACGACCUGAUGUCUCUGUCAGGGAAAACCUUCCAGCUGUAUUCCCAUAACCUCAUCGGGCUUUUCGAGCAGCUGAAGAAGCCCGGCCUCGCCGCUCAGUUCCAGACGCACCGCUUCCCCGACAGAAUCCUGCCCAGGAGGUUCGCCCUGACGACCAAGAUCCCCGACACAAAGGGCUGCCACAAGUGCUGCAUCGUGAGGAACCCGUACACCGGCCAUAAGUACCUGUGUGGGGCGCUGCAGUCGGGCAUCGUGCUGCUGCAGUGGUACGAGCCCAUGCAGAGGUUCAUGCUCAUCAAGCACUUUGACUUCCCCCUGCCCACCCCCCUGAAGGUGUUUGAGAUGCUGGUGGUCCCGGAGCAUGAGUAUCCUCUGGUGUGCGUGGCCAUCAGUCAGGGCAGCGAGCCGGGCCAGGUGGUCCGCUUCGAGACCAUCAACCUGAACUCCUGCUCCUCCUGGUUCACCGAGAUGGGAGCAACUCAUCAGCAGGUGGAUGCCAUCCAUGUGACGCAGCUGGAGAGAGACACGGUGCUGGUGUGUUUGGACCAAAACCUGAAGAUCGUGAACCUCCAGGGCCGUCUGAAGUCCAACAAGAAGCUGGCGUCUGAGCUCAGCUUCGACUUCUGCAUCGGGUCUGUGGUGUGCCUUCAAGACAGCGUGCUGGCCUUCUGGAAACACGGCAUGCAGGGGAAGAGCUUCAAGUCUAACGAGGUGACCCAGGAGAUCUGUGAUCCGAGCCGAGUUUUCCGCCUGCUCGGGUCUGACAGGGUGGUGGUCCUGCAGAGCCGCCCCACAGACAACCACACCUCCCUGAGCAACCUGUACAUCCUGGCGGGACACGAGAACAGUUACUGAGAGGAGCUCUGACUUCUUGUGAGGAGGAGGAGAAGGAGGAGGAGGAGCGUCGUGUUACCGAGUGGAUUCAUCCGCAGCCUUACCCCCCCAGCAGGAGACACCCCCCCCCAGACUGAAGGUGUCUCCAGGUGUUACUAGCCCUCACAGUGCCAUUUACUCACAGCAAAGUGUGAUUGUAUUAGCAGAGCGCAGCGGGAGAGUCUCUGUUACCGUGUCAUAAUCAAAGCCUAGGUUCACUCAAACUAACGGAUUAAACACAAACCCAGGUGCAUUGUGGGUAGUUUGAGCGGUAUUUAUUAACCUGAUGUUAUAGGUUUGUUUGAGGAUUAACUGCCUAGUGUUCCUGAGAGGUUAUUCUCCGCUUUGUAAUAUAUCCCGCAGCGUUUUUAGAAGUUACAUACCGUGUACAUUAUUCCUCCUCUUUUAUAGACCCUCCUCAUUAUUUGCACCAUGUAAGCACUUUUGUACAUUUUUUUAUUUAAAAUUAAAUGACAAAAUGAGGGACGAUGCUCGGUCUUUGUUAACAUCUCUGCAUUCCCUUUCGCUCGAUGUUUAAUGUAUGCUGUUUUUUGUAAUAAAAAAAGCUGUUAACAACA